AUGUCAGGUCAGUUAUCAGAUCUUCAGCCUGAUAGCACGGGCUCCUUUGUUGUGCAAUCCGCAUCCUUCCCCGAACCUGUCGCAGUAUCGGUUGGAGGCAAGUACAAUCCACGGGAAGACCGGACUAAGUUUGAAGGAAAGUAUGAUCGAUGGGCUGUCGGCUUCUUGCCAGAGAGUCGAAUGUCUGAGCUUCAAUCGACUUACUCCGAUACUGUUAAUUCUAUUAGAAAAGAUGAAGACCAGCUCAAGGGGCCUAUCUCUGUCAUCGGUGCUCUUUCUGAUGUAGUCCAAUCUCAAACCGCACUCGGAAGUCUCGGCGAUAGGCCUUCUAUCAGUUUUGUUCAAGGUGACAAGCUCGUCAAAGUGGGUUAUCCUUACGGCAGAAGUGAGACCGAUGGGCGGGGGUCUGUUGCACUCAUUGGAACUACGAUCACACGACUGGAUGAUACAAGCCAAUUCUUUCAAGAAGGUUCCAACCGAUUUGACGCCGCACAAUUCAGACGUAUCUUGUCAAAUUACAAGCCAACUGACAAAGACUUUGGUGGAUCAACAGCGAGCAAACUCCCCUUUCUACGAGAAGUAUUAAAUUCUACAAGGGUUCAUCGACCUCAAGGACUGAUCUCUUUGAGGGAUCGACUCAGUCAACCAUCUUCAGCUGGAGCAUGGGGCUACCGCAGAGCCCCAUACGGGGAAUACGAGGAGUUCCUGAUCGAAUACCUGCCGAACGACCCUGUAGAUACAACACAAGAUCCGUUAGUUCGAAUGAUCGAUGGUCGAAGACCCAUCGAGGUACCCCAAACAGGGCUACCUGGAGCUGUAAAUACAGCUCAUAAUCUUCUUACCACUCUGCUACAAAAUGGAUGUGUAGCGGCUAAGAUCGAUCUGCCCACGCAGGACGGUUACACUGUUGAUGUCGAACAGAUCAGCCAAGAUGGGAGGUACAGAAUCAGUGCAACUGAUUACAGGACCAGUGGCUCACAAAUCAGCAGUGCUGUGUCUCAUUUGCUUCCAGGAUAA